AUGCUUGACCUGCAGGAUGGAGAAGCUUAUGCUCACCUCCUAAAUGUUCUUGCGCCAGAGCACAGUCAUCCAUCUACUUUGGCUGCAAAAGAUCCUUUGGCAAGAGCAAAGUUAGUUCUGGAACAUGCAGACAGGAUGGGUUGCAAGAGAUACUUAACUGCAAAAGAUAUUGUGGAAGGUUUCAAAUAUAAGAGCAAGUCCUCGACGCUCGAGUUCAACUCGGCUCCACCCGGCGACUCGGUCACGACUGCUUUACUGAAAAACAGCAAAAUUGACACGUUCUAUUACAUCGGACUCAAUGGAAUGAGCAUGGGAGGGAAGCCCCUCUCGUUCCCGUCCUCGCUGUUCGCAAUGGACGUGUCAGGAAACGGUGGGAUCAUUGUCGACUCUGGAACGGCCAUAACUCGUUUGCAGACUCAGGCUUACAACUCACUCCGCGACGCGUUCGUGAGUAUGACUCAGCACCUGCCGUCGGCGAGCAGCGUGGCUCUGUUCGACACGUGUUACGAUCUAUCUUCGCAGCGUGUUGUCAGAGUCCCCACGGUGUCGUUUCAGUUCUCCGAUGGGAAGUCCCUUUCGCUGCCGGCCAAGAAUUACUUGAUUCCGGUCGACUCGGCCGGAACCUUCUGCUUUGCCUUCGCUCCCACGACGUCGUCUUUGUCAAUUAUUGGGAAUGUGCAGCAACAGGGGACACGUGUCAGCUUUGAUUUGGCAAACUCGCGUGUGGGGUUCUUCACAAUUCAAAUAAUUUAA